AUGCCUGCGAAGCGAGCCCGCGGCGCCUCGCGGCAGCCCGCUGCGACGGCGUCGUCGACCUCGGCCGCGGCGAAGGGCGCCGCGACCUCGUCGGUGCUCGUGCACCGCUGCCGUUUCGUUGACCAGGUGCCCGAUCCGGUCGAGUCCCUCCAGUACGACCCCUCGUGCUCGCGCCUCGCGGUGCUGCGCGCCAACUCGGACAUCGAGCUGUGGUCGCUCAGCGAGGGCGGCUGGUUCCGAGAGGCGUACGUGCCGGGCGUUCCCGACACGCCCGUCCGCCGGCUCGCCCUCGGGAGCCGAACCGCGUCGCACCCGGACGGCCGCCUCUUCUCGUGCGGGCUGCACGGCGUCGUCACGGAGUGGGACCUCGCGCGUCUCUCGCCGCUCGACAACUACGACUCGCUCGGCGGCGCCGCCUGGUCGCUCGCGCUGCACGCCGGCUCUGCGCGGCUUGCGGCGGGCUGCGAGGACGGCGGCGUCACGGUGUUUGGGGUGGUGGAGGAGGGGCUCGAGAACGUGUACCGGCUGCCUGCGCGUGGCGGGCGGGUCCUCUCCCUCGCCUUCUCCUCCUCGGGCGGCCAGCUCGUCGCCGGAGGAGCGGACGGCUCGGUCCGGCUGUGGGCGCUCGGCGGCGGCGGCGCCGCGAGACACACCUGGAGACACAGCUGCCAGUUUGUGCUGGAGUCGGAGGGGCGGAAGCGGCCUCCUCUGGUGUGGGACGUGCUGCUGCUGCCCGACUCGCUCGUGGUGACCGCCGACUCGUCGGGCCGCGUCUGCUUCUACGACGGCCGGCGCGGGGCGGUAGAUGGGCACGGCACCCUCGUCAACCGCUUCCGCUCGCACGAGGCCGACGCCGACGUGCUCGCCCUCGCCGCCACUGGAGACGGGUCGCACGUCUUUGCGUCCGGCGUCGACCACAAGGCGCUGCCCCUCGACGCCGCUACCGACGCCCCGCCCUGCAUCCACACCUUGCGCCCUCCGCUCGACGAGUUCGCCGGCGCCGGCGCGGACACCGGCGACGCGGUUGCCGACGGCACCCUGGCGGCGGCGGUCCUCCGUAUCGUCUUUAACCAAGCGGCUCCCCUCUCGCUGCUGCUCUGCGCGCAGACGUGGUCGCUGCGCGUCGACCUCAACGCCGACGCCCACCCAAGUCUUCGCCGGCUGCUCACAAAGUACGGCCCGAUGCGCCUCUUUGACUUUGUGGCGCCGGGCUGCGCCGUCGUCGUCGAGCAGCCGUGGCUGCGCGUGAUGGAGCGCUUCCCGAAUGCGAUGGUCCGCCACCAGUUUGGGACGUGAAUGCAACGGCGUACUCUCGCUGCUCGCCGUCGGCGACCGUUGGCGCGUGCGUGCCUUCUUGUGACCCCACGUGCGUGCGAGCUCGGGGUGUGCGCGCACCCCGGGCGCCGCGGACAGUGCGGGUGCGGGCACGGGAAUACACAGAGAGAGAGAGAGAGAGAGAGAGAGAGAGAGAGAGAGAGAGAUUUUUAGAAGCCUACAAGAAAUGUGACAC